CACCGAAGUCAAGAAGAGAAGCGGAGCCCUCUUCCUCCCUAUUGCAUUCUCCCUACCGCGGCCUCCAUGGCAGACACACAGACGCUGGACUUGUUCGACGGCUUGCCGCUCGACUACAACUGUCUUGAGGGAAGUGGAGACACGUCCGCGGACACCUCCAUGAACGAUGGAGGCAGCAGUAUCGGCACCAAUGGAGCACCCCAUGCAGUCGGCUUCGCUGCGCCGAACGACCAAAUGCUGCUGGAUAGUGACGUGCCCGGCUCAUCGCCCACUAACAUGAUGGCGCCGAAGUCCGAAGGCGAGGACCUGCUCACGCCGCUCAGCUUCUCCUUCAACCCGAACGGGUCGACGGCUGUGGGGCAAAACUACCGUAUGGCGCCGCAGCACAAGCACAAACGAGUGCGCUCGAACCCAGACGUGCUGCAAGGCUUUGGCAUGGUCAAUAUGGCACCCAGCGUCAUCACGCCCCCUGUCAUGGGGGAAAACGGCAUGGGAUUUCCUCAGCAUCACAACAUCAUGCCCAUUAAUCCGGUCCAAAUGGCGCCGCAUGUCAAUUCCAUGCAGUUUGGGGGCACGGCAACACCGCAGGGAGAAUCAUUCCAAGAGAUGGACGAGUUCUUGAAGGAACUGUCGUGGUCGGAGCUCAACUCAGAACAGCAACAGCAGAUGCCUGUCAUGAAUGCGGCAACGACGAGUGGCAAUAGUGUCCCGGGCAGUGAGGCGUCGCCCGUGGCCUACCGCACUCAACGUAUCCAGGAAGGAGUGAACGAGCUUAAGAUGAAGCGUAAACGUCCAGUGAAUCAUCACUCGAGGCAUCACUCGAACCCUGUCGACUUGCUGCACAACUUGGACCAGUUUCGCGUGUUGGCGCAGCAGAACAAGGAGCAGCCGCCUAUGCAACAAAUACAUGCACAACAACAGGUGCAACAACAGCAGAACAUGAACCCGAACCAAGGAUAUCCCAAUCCGUUUGCCAGCUUCCAGGACCCUACGAACUUCCCUGCACCACCACAGCCGAACAUGCAGCAAUUUCAGUUCCAGGUACCACCUCAAGUUGCAAGUGGUACUGUGCACUCCCUGCAUGCGCGUCGGUCAUCCCUUGGUAGCAAUCUGCCACCGCGUGCAGCCGCUCGAAGGCGUGGUGCCAAUCGCUCGUCCGGUCUGUCCAUGGAUAUGUCCCAGAUGAAUUUGGGCUUUCUUUCGGUUCCAGAAGAGGCAAGCAUGGUUGAUCUGAACCCGCACCGGUCACCGCCGCGACGCAGCGCGAGCUCGUCUGCCUCCUCAUCGGCCCUAAAAAAGGUGAUCCUAGAUGACGCAAACCGGAAGCUGUACAAGUGUGGUCGCUGUGGUCAGCCAAAGGUGGGUCACAUCUGCACGAUGCCUGACCAACGCAACAAUUGGACGCAGGUAGACUUGGAGGUCACCAAGGGACUCAAGGUCAUGCGCAUUAACUGCCACAUAAUGCCCGUGAAGAGCAAGUGGGUUGCCCAGUGUGACGACCACAAGCCGCCGCAACUUGCUGCCAAGGGCGAAGUCAAGAGCGAGGAAGAAGUCGAGGCAGAACCGCUGGGGCUUUAA